AUGGAGGUGUACCUGGAGGAGGACUGUACACUGACGUUAUCGCAGCUAGCAGACAAAGUUUUUGAGCGUUUCGGUGUCAAACUCUCGACGUCUACCGAGCCAUCUACUUGUAAUAACGACACAAAUAAGGUGAAACGCUUCCGUUUCGCAAAAGCGUUGAUCGAACAUCAAGAUGACGGCGACUACAUCGUCUGUUUUGACGAAACAAACUCUAACGUGUUCUGCAUGCGCUCACUGGGACGUGCUACGAAAUGGAAACGAGUGGUAGUUAAGACAUCUCGCUCCAAGGGCAAGAACCUCCAGAUUUAA